AUGGCGGAACUACGUAACAUGCUCAGAAGUGAGGCGAUGAGCGUGUGCAAACCUCAGGACGGAAAUACGCCCCUGCCGCCGUUCCGAGCAAUAAACCACCAAAUACCUCUGGUGGAUGAGCAGAGAACGUACCGCUUUAGACCCUCGAGAUGUCCCAAAGCGCUUAAAGGACAAUUUGAGUCAAAGGCGAGGGAAUACUUGGGAUUGGGACGUUGGAAGCAUAGUACUGGCUCAAACGCGAUACCGAUGCUAUUCAUACCCAAGAAGAAAGACGGAAGUAUCGAGCUACGUACCGUGUUAGACAAACGUGAACAAAAUGCAAAUACGGUGAAAAUGGCAUCACCAUUGCCGUUACCCAAAGAUAUCCUUGCCAAAGUCAGUAGGCAUAAGUAUCAAACGCUACUGGACGGGAAGGACGCUUACGAGCAAAUUUGGGUGGUACCCGAAGACGUGCAUAAGACGUUGUUCCACACGCCUAUGGGGACUAUGGUUAGUCACGUAAUGCAGCAAGGGGACUGUAACGCGGGCGCGACAUACCAAGCGCUGAUGAACCAUAUUUUUGCGCCGUAUAUAGGAGUAUUUAUGUUUGUGUACCUAGACAACAUAGUGAUAUUCUCAGAUACAAUAGAAGAACACGUUAAACAUAUUUGUACCAUAUUGGGGGUGCUCAAGCGCAAGAGACUCUUCCUGAGUCCGAGUAAGAUGCAGUUCUUCGCAGAAGAAUUGCGUAUACUGGGGCAUAUAGUCGACAAGAAGGGGAUCAGAAUGGACCUGCAUAAAGUCGACUCGGUGUCCAAGUGGAAGACGCCUGAAUCAAAAGAACAAUUAGCUAGCUUUUUAGGUGCGGUUGGAUACCUAGCACCAAACUGUCCAGGUAUUCGCAUACCAAUGGCGCCGUUGGCUAAGAGAGCGAGUGGCAACACACCAUUCAGAUGGGGAGGCACCGAGGAACGUGCCUUCCGUGACACGAUUAAACUGGUGGAAGAAUUCCGUGAUAGACAUUGCGUGGCGCUCAAAUACGGCAAGAACGAGUCACCCAUAUACCUAAUUACAGACGCUAGCUUGACAGGGGCGAGCGGACUAGUAAGCCAAGGCAAAGAGUGGCAAACGGCGCAAGUAGCCGCGUUCUGGUCCGCCAAGUUCACCACAGCUCAACAGAACUACUCAGUCACGGACCGGGAAGCGUUAGCUGUGGUGUGUUCAUUGGAUAAAUUUGGACCGUUACUACAUGGGGUAGAGUUUACAAUACUCAGCGAUCACAAGGCACUGGAGUACCUACAGACUCAGAAGGAUCUUAACCCGCGACAAAUACGAAUGUCAGAGAAACUGAGUCAGUUCAAUUGCACAAUUAAAUACAUUGAGGGAUCAAAAAACGUCCUUGCGGACGCCCUAUCGCAAAUGUAUAGUGAGGAUAGGAAAGGCACAGAGCGUGCGGAGAGCGAGUUUGUACCAGACUACGAGGAGGAAGACAGCAUACGGGACGCACGCGCGCGUAACCAAUCAGUGACCCGACCAGUAGUAACCAGAAUGGCGGCCAAGGUGGCGAGUGAGAGCCAGACCACGUCGGCAGGUGUCAGACGAAACCCGGAGCGCAAGAGAAUGGCACCGGUUUGUUACGACCCAGAAAUACCGGGAAGAGCGGGGCAAGGGACCAGGGCACCGCGUAACCGGGGAAGCAAGCGCGUGAAAGAAGAUUGGAACCCCGACAUACGUGAUGAAUUUGUCGGGGAACAAAAUGCGGAAAGAGAUCUGAGAGAAACUGAACCCAACGAAAGAGAAGAGACCUCACCAGCAAGCGUUGAGCUGGAGGGCGGGAGUCAGGCAGACAACAAACGGGACAAGUGGGACCCGUUGGACCGCUCAGAUCACCAACAGAUUACAACGCUGGUAAAAGAGUUAGACGUGAAUGAGGCAAUAGCAAACGGCUACCAGAGUGACAAGGAUUACGCAAGAAUAGUGAAUGAACCAUCGCGUUUCGCUCAAUUCAAGCUACGCAACAAUUUACUAUAUUUCACAGAACACGGUAGGACGUACCUAUGCGUCCCAGACACCACGGUUGGGGAAUGGCACAUAAGGACAUUACUGAUAUCACACGCGCACUUGAUAGUGUCACACCUAGGAUACAAGAAGACAUACGCAUAUAUGAGGGAAAGUCUAUAUUGGAAAAAUAUGGCUAAAGACGUGGAGAAAUUCUGUGCAGCAUGCGUGUCUUGCGCAUCAUCCAAGAAGUCGACUCAGAAACCGUAUGGGCUGCUGAAACCAUUACCGGUACCCAAAUACCCGUGGGCACAGAUUGGCGUUGAUUUCCUGGGACCAUUAACGGAAUCCGCGACCCUACUGGGUAAAUUUGACAUGGUAUGCGUGGUAAUCGACCACCUUACGUGCAUGGCGCACUUGAUACCAACAAGGUUGGACUACACGGCCCGCGACAUGGCCGAGGUAUUUCACGCGAACGUCUUUAGGCUGCACGGGGUACCCAAGAUCAUCAUUAGCAAUAGAGACAAGUUAUUUACAUCAAUCUUCUGGAAGACGCUCUAUGAACUAUUAGGUACCGAACUGAGACUGUCGUUGGCGUUCCACCCACAGACGGACGGGCAGACCGAAAGACUCAUACGCACGAUACUGGCACUGAUACGCGUGUGCAUAAACCCAGCGUUGAGAGACUGGGCAACCAAAUUACCUAGUAUUGAGUUUGCAGUAAACUCGGCUAGAUUGGAGACCACCGGGUUCAGUCCAUUUGCACUGAAUUACGGACGAACCCCACGUCCAAUAUUAGUGCGAACCAAUACUGACAUGUACGGGGUACGCAACGCGGCCCGCAACAUCAAAUACGCACUAAUGAUAGCACACAAUACCAUCAUUGGUUUGCGAAUAAGUCAGAUGGUCGAAGCUAACAGGCAUAGAAGACCUUCACCGUUUAAGACCGACGACUUAGUAUAUGUUAGUACCAAGAACAUGAGAGUGCCGCUGGGGAAACCACACAAGCUAUUGGCGCAAUGGAUCGGGCCAGUAAGAAUAGACGGUGUGGUCAAGGAAGGGGCCACUUACCACGUAGAGUUGCCCGACGACUUGAAGCGAAGAGGAAUAAAGCCAAUAUUCCACGCGUUGCUACUGAAACCACAUGUACCAUAUGAGGAUUGUUGCUUCCCGGGAAGGAACUACAAGCAGAUAGCCUCCUUAGAAGCCAAUGAUGAUGAAUGGGCGGUUGAGCGGAUAGGCGGACAUCGCGGCAAGGGGAAUAACGCAAUGUUUGAGAUAGUAUGGCAAUCGGGAGACCGUACCUGGGAAUCAUACCGCGUGGUACGGCACCUUGAGGCCCUAAGACAAUAUUUCGAAGCCUUAGGGAUCAGCCGCACUAAAGAGCUACCGUGGAAAGAAGACGGGGAAGUACCGUACGAUGAACUUAGUGAUAGUGGGUCUGAAACCCUUGAAUGCGCAAGCGUAAGGGUACUUAAGGAAGCAAUAUGGGAACCCCAACCGGUCAUCAGCACCAUAUCUCACUGCCUAAGACUAGAUCCUUUAUUAUCACACUUGACUCUAUCUACAAAAUGUACCACGGCCGGCGAAGACGCCGCAGUCGCGACCGAGAACGACGGCGGGAUGCACCACCAGCGUACGACCCAGGACCCAACAAACAAGUCGAUGCAGGCUUACUACGGCUGCUCAACACAGUGGCCCAGACCAGCCUCGAAACCGUUAGGGCAAGAAACGCCCCACUCCCCCAAAGGGGAAGGCAAGGACGGUUCGGGAGGCCAAACAUGGCCAGGUCCCUGCAUGUCGGGAGAGGUCAGAUGGACCUGUACGAAGGUAUUAUUGGCGUCAGUACCAAUGGGCCAUUGCGUGCACAACCAAGAGAGCGGACUUACCAAGGGUCAUCUACAGGAAGACGCCUUAAACGGCAACGCACUCGACUUAAUGCUAGGAAUCGCGGCCGAUCACCUACCAGAAGCACGUCGGCCUCCUGGUCUAGCGAGGGAUCCACCGUACAAGGAAGAAGUACCUCAACCGAGCACGGACGAAGAACGCAAAUGGGAAGAAAACGAGCGCGUACCCGAUCCAGUCCCUACGACCCUACCGGAUCCGGUCGAGAGGGGACCGGCGAAUCAUCCAAGGAGACCAGCGACGGAACCGACCCAGGCGGGGACGAUUGGACGGCAAGUCAACGAACUGGCAAGGAAGGUAUCGCUGGCGAUUCUCUUGGUCGAGAACGUCAUAUCAGGAGUGGGACAUCAUGGAAGACAUGUCCCGUAUCGCGCUUUGAGCACUAAGGAUAGAAGACAAACCCAGGAUCGGGGACGCAAACUACCCCCAGGAGCUGAUCAGGAGGGCGUAUCCCAUGCCCCAGAUGCCAGAGUCGACGGAGAGGGCGAUCAACGACCUCAUACUGGGGAUCGAGGAGCACUGGGCGACGGUCAGGGGGAACAAGGCAACUUUGAGACACUACGUACUGUCGAGGCUCCCGAAUCCAGCAUCGGAGAGGACGAGGACAAGCCCUCACCUGGUAGCGACGCAGGAGCCGAGCCGGCCAUCGUUGGCGACCGAGACGACCCAGAUGUCCGCAAUGCCACUGACCACGUUGCCAAGUGGACCAACCUUGGGCCAGACAUCGAGAUGCGGGACGCCGACAAGGGACUCAAGACCAUCAAGCCUGAACAACCUUGCAUCUCCCCAAGGAAGCUUGAACUCAAGCGAUCUUCUACGCGUCGAGGAUCUGAUCAAAACGACGGAAAAGGAGGAGAGCGAACCGACGGAGGAAAGGGAAGGAAGUGA